GCAUAUGAAACAGCUUCUUGUCCUUGUGUUCUGGUCCUCCCUAGUCCCUACACUAGUAAACUCAGAUAAAAGAUAUUACCAUGGCUCUCUCUUUGCAAAACAGAGUCCUUACUGUUCUACUAUUUGCUCUCCUUUCAUUUAAGGCCACCUCCAGCUCCCACCACCACCACCACCACCACCACCAGGGGCUCAAAUCCCUCCACUUUUCUCUGUUUCAACAUGAAACAAUAAACAGAACUGGGUACAUCAUAGUGAAAGGUGUGGCAGGACCAGGCGUUAGUCAAACCACAACGCCUUUUGGAACCUUAUUUGCUUUCCAGGAUCCAAUGACUGUCACAGCCAACCGAACUUCGAAACUGGUUGGAAUUGCAGAGGGAACUUCCAUUACUUCUGGCCUGGAUGGACUUAGGAGCAUCUCCAUUGCUAAGAUCACUUUACGUUUGAAGAACCACUCAGGUUCAGUUUCAAUUGUUGGAGGCACACAUAACAUAAAGCCCUCUGAUCAUCCAGUUGUGGGAGGCACUGGUGAUUUCUUGUUUGUGCAAGGUUAUGUUACAUCAUCUCCGGUCAACCUCAAGGGCUUAACCGUCACCUACAAGAUCGAGUUUCACCUGUACUGGCCUCCAUAUGCUACUCACACUUCAUCAUAAAGAACUUGCCCGCCUAUGUGAAAGAUGUUGCCACUAGUCACUUAUUGUUUCACUGUUCCAGAUUUUCAUUAGCUUCUGUUGUGAAAAUGUCAUUUUCUCCAAUAAUGUGAACAAAGCUCAAUUUUCUUUUAAACGUGAUAUUUCACCUUUCAUGUGA